AUGCCGAACUUAUACGAGAAUGCAAAAGCAAAAUUGCGUGGUACACUGAAGUCGAGCAGCCAUUGUGCCAUAACAGCAGACAUUUGGACCUCAUGCACGACUGAGAGCUACAUAACAGUCACGUGCCAUUUUCUGGAAGACACAAUUAUGCGGUCUGCAGUGCUCUCGACAGCAGUUUUUCAGGGAGCUCACACGGCGCAAAACGUCACUGACGUCAUUGGAGGUGUGCUUGAAGACUGGGGUAUUCGUCAGGCAAUUGUUGCUUUUGUCACAGACAACGAUAAGAGGAUGGUUCUUGCAGCCCGACUGCUGGGUUUCGAGCACCUACCGUGCUUCGCUCAUACGCUGAACCUCACUGUUCAGGAUGGGCUGAAAAGCAGUGAAGAACUAGCAGCCGUGCUGCUAAAGUGCAAGAACAUUGUGCGCUACGUGAAGUCUAGCUGCAUCGCUACCACCAAGCUCCGAGAAGAGCAAGAACGUGUCGGUAAGGUUCCGCCGCUAAAACUGAAACAGGAGACACCAACACGGUGGAACAGCAUCUUUUAUAUGCUAAAACGGAUCUUGGAUGUCGGAGAGGUGCUGACCCUGACACUAUCGAAGUUGCCCCGUGCACCCAGCCCGUUACCAGCAGAGGAUAUAACAGUCAUUGAGGAUGUUGUGGAAUUACUGGAACCAUUCGAAGAAGCCACGAAAUUAGUGUCUGGAGAUGAGUACACUACCAUUUCCUUGGCAAUUCCUGUGGUCUGCGGCAUCGCACAAGAGCUGGAAGAGCGUAUCGAACCAAACAUGAAAACUGAAAUUGGUAAAGAAAUUCUUCGAGAGUGCAUCUCCUCCUUGCAUAAAAGAAUGGACACUUAUGAAGAAAGACAGCUAACAUCUCUGGCAACACUGUUGGACCCGCGACUAAAGGAGAGAGCGUUUUCGAUUCGAACAAACGCAGAUCGCGCCAAAGCUCGUUUGAUUGGUGAACUAAGCCAGCAAAUGUCGGAAAAACUAGUUGGUCCUGCAGCUGAAUCAACUAGACAGCAGGCGGUUCCUAACGAAGUUGCGACAGGAAGCCGAAUUCUGCGGUUCCUUGAGAGGAAGCGACAUGAACCCUCAACCGCCACCUCGAACGCAGACCUGAUGGUUCGCCAGUACCUUGAGUUACCUCCAGAGGAAAGGAAGAGCAACCCGUUAAAAUUCUGGCAGUCCUGGCAAUGCUCCACAACGCCGCUCUCUUAA